GUGUGUGAGUGAGGGGGAGAGGUUUGGCCAAUUCUAUACCAUGUAUACGUACGUGUUCACUAUAUCCCCGCCCCUGGUUUUUUUUUUCUUCAGGAAAUGUUAUUUCCUACUUUUGCACACCAAGCUUUAUCUACUGAUUUGCACAGCAGGGUCUAUGAGAAGGUUAACACUUUUGUGUCCUCUGAAGAAAGCUGUCUGGUGGACAGAUCAAAAUGGAAGAAGAUGCAAUCACCACAACAUUCUACUAUGAUUUUAAAGUUCCCUGCCAAAAUUUUGAUGUGAAGCAAACAGCAUCACUGAUCCUCCCUCCACUCUACUCCCUGGUGUUCAUUUUUGGCUUUGUGGGCAAUGCUCUUGUUUUUCUGAUCUUGAUAAGAUGCAAAAAGCUGAAAAGCAUGACUGACAUCUAUCUGCUCAAUCUGGCCAUCUCUGAUUUGCUUUUCAUUGUCACACUUCCAUUCUGGGCUCACUACGCCGCAGACCAGUGGAUCUUUGGAGAUGCCCUAUGUAAGGUACUGACAGGCUUCUACCACAUGGGUUUCUUUGGGGGAGUCUUCUUUAUCAUCCUCCUGACCAUGGAUCGGUACCUGGCCAUCGUCCAUGCUGUGUUUGCUCUGAAAGCGAGGACAGUCACCUUUGGCAUUCUGACAAGUGUCAUCACUUGGGUGGUGGCUGGGUUUGCCUCCCUCCCAGCAAUCAUCUUCACCAAAUCACAAAAGGAAGGUAUCCAACACACCUGCAGCCCUCAUUUCCCCUCAGAGCAGUCCACUCUUUGGAAGAACUUCCAAACUUUAAAGAUGAAUCUGUUGGGGCUGGUGGUGCCUCUGUUAGUUAUGAUCGUCUGUUACUCAGGAAUCAUAAAAACAUUGCUCCGGUGUCGGAAUGAGAAGAAGAAGCACAAGGCAGUGAGAUUAAUCUUUGUGAUUAUGGUUGUUUACUUUCUCUUCUGGGCCCCCUAUAACCUUGCACUUCUCUUAAACACAUUCCAAGAUUUCUUUGGUCUGGACAAUUGUGAGAGUUCCAAGAGGCUGGGCCGAGCCAUUCAAUUAACAGAGACACUUGGAAUGACACACUGCUGUAUCAACCCAGUGAUUUAUGCCUUUGUUGGAGAAAAAUUUAGGAGAUACCUCUCUACUUUCUUCCGUAAAUAUAUUGUUCGGCACUUCUGCAAACGCUGCCCCUUCUUCCAUGGGGAGGCACUUGACCGAGUGAGCUCAACAUAUACCCCAUCUACUGGGGAGCAGGAAGUCUCUGCUGGUUUGUAAAAAGGAUUCUUUCUUUUCAUGAAAAAAAUGGCCUUUGUGGUCCUAUAAGUCUUGAAAUUAACUGACAAUCUUAGAAAUUCAAGAACUUAAAUCCCUAAAAAGCAGGGGAACACAAGAUUACUCAGACUCCAUUAUACAAAACUGAAUUUAGCAUUCUCACUUUUCAAUAAUUAAAUCACUGUUGUGGGGUGGUCCAGCCUCCCACAGGGGACGGGGUCUUGAAGGUGGGAUGGUGUUGGUGGGAUGAUGGAUGGGACACAGCUUUCUCUUCAACCCACAGCACAGGUUUCAUAGGAUAAACUGCUCCCCCUUUGGCUGAGACUUAGCUUUAUUUUAUACCCUCAUGAUUGCACAUCUACAUGGCACACAAUUUAAUUCUCAACAUAUACGUUUCCAUAGAACAUAACAACAGACAUGAAGCUUAAGGAGAUAGUCAACAAAACAUUGUUGCCAAGUGCAGGGUCAGAGGGUUGGGGAAUUCAAAGCACAGAUUUGCCAGAAGUUUUUAUGCCUAGAAAAGAAGGUCCUAUCUAAGUGGUUAUAUAAGAAUCCUUAGGUUUGUAAGUGGGAUCUUCUGAUAAUAUUCUGGGGGACAGAGUCGGACAUCUGUAUUAACCCUGCAAGCAUGUUGAUCUCAUAUAUUUUUCCUGGGGCUAAGAAUAAUAAUCAUAGCAAUUCCAAUAAUAAGGGGAUGUUAAUAAGGAAAAUCACUUGGGGGGGGUGUCAGUGGAUGUUUCCAUCCUUCCUGGGGGCAGCUUUGCAGUCCCUGGUUUCAUGUGUGACCAUGUCAAACAGCAUGGUCUUUGAUGGCUCCUGGCACAUCAUCCCACAGUAUUAGAAGACUCCUUGAGUAUCAAGUGACUUUCCUGAGUUAAAAUAGAAUGGCUUGGAUCCUUGUGUAUCUCUCCCAUUUAAUCUAGUCAAUCCUUAAACUCUAUAUCUAUACUAUAUACAUACUUAUAUACAUAUAUACCCAUACACACAUAUAUAUAGUAGCUGAGUCACACAUUGUCUUUUUCACAGGUCAUCAUUAAAAUGUGCUAGAUCAUCAGGGUGAGGGCAAAUAGAACAAUGAGAACCAGACAUUCAAGUACAUGGAUUCUUUUGCAUAAUGGGUAAUGUUAUGAAAUAUAUACAUACAUGAAUAUAAAUAACAUGUUUCAAAUAUUAUUAUUAUGACUUUUGUGCUUAAAAUGAAAUAUAAGAUUGAAAUCAAAACUUUUUGUAAUAUUAUUGUAUGAAAUAGGAAAAUAUAUAUACAUAUAUACAGUUAAUCAACAAGCAUGUAUUAUGCAACUACUAGAUGCUAGCUCUUGGGGAUGCAGAUAGAGAAGUGAAAUCAUGGAGCAGCUAGGUAGCUCUGUGGAUUGAUAGUCAGGCCAAGAGAACUCCUGACCAGGAGGUCCUGGGUUUGGGUCUUGCCUCAGACACUUCCUAGUUGGGUGACCCUGGGCAAGUAAGUCACUUAACCACCAUUGCAUAGCUCUUACUACUCUUUUUCCUUGGAACCAAUGUUUACUAUUGAUUCUAAGAUGGAAGAUGAGGGUAAAAAAAAAAGAAAAGUGAAGCAAAUCAUGUUUGCUUCCUUGCUCUCAAGGAGUUUCCAUUCUAUCCCUUUUUUAAGCAAGUUAGAAGACAGGGAUGGGGUAACAUAGGAAUGGGACACCGUAGACUGGUGGGAAGUGGAGUGGCAAGAGUUUAAGCCAAGAUGAAGUUAGUCAAGUGAAAGGAAGAGUGAUUGAUGACAUCAAUGUAGAAAUGGUCCCAGAUCAUAGACCAGAUUAUGGUCAUUGUCACAGAUUUAGAGUUAGAGCCUUGGAAGAAUAGUCCAAAUUCUCCAUUUUAUAGCUGAGGACACUAAGACCCAGAAAGGGGGAGUGGCAUGUUCUUAAAUCCUAAAUUAGACUGAAGAUGCAUAGAGCAAGUCAGACAACCCAAUUUCCCAUGUCCAUUAUAUUGGCCUUUUCAGGCUAUUUGCCUCCUUUUCAUCUAUUUGUCAAACAAAAUCUAUAUAAGAAUUUAGACCAUGUCCUGGAUAUUGUCUUGAAAUGAACUUAUUAAAUGUUAUUGAUUUUUUUCUAACGUAUCCUUAGGAUGGAAUGUAAAAGCUUGGUCAGUCCAGAUGGCUAAAAGUUGUCAUUAUUUUAAGCUCAACCCAAAAAAUAAACUCUGGUUUGCUUCCUAGAA